AUGAAGGUCUUCGUCUUCAUCCAAUCGCUCGUCGCCCUCGGCGCCCUCGCUUCCGCGACUCCCGACUCGAACCUUGAGCCUCGCUCCGACCUGGACAAGCGCUGCGGCCUGUCUCUUCUCAAAGGUAAAAUACUCGGUCUCGGAGCUUGCGGUAUCUUGCAAGGCGGUAUUGGGGGUUGUGCCGGCUCGUUCGGCCCUGGCGGGGCGAUCUUGAAUUCGGGCCUCAAUUUGGGAGUGCGUUGCCCUUUGAACUUCCAGUGUGACGGUCAGUCUCUUUUUUCAACAUUUCCCAAAGUAUGAUGGAAUCAUCACUUUUGCUGACUUGGUGAUACGAAUGUCUUGUGAUUGCGUAAUCAGGCUCGGGAACCGACGGGUACCCUUAUGACGUCAACGGUAAUGGCUGCCCCUCCUACUUGCCCCGGGGCUGGAAGUACUACGGAGUGUGAGUUUUAUAUGACAACUAUUCAAGAUUAUUGUGCUGAUCCAUGACUUACUCAUUGCAGUCAAACCGGCUGGCAACCUCCCGUCUCGUACACGUGCGGACCGAAUUGGGUCGCCCCUCCACAGUGGACCCCUUACGCCCAUCUUGCCCCCUGGUGGAGCGCGCAACCCCUCGUCGUCGGACCUUCCAAGUACUACUACAAGUACCAGUACAAGGCCUACAAGAAGUACCUACAUUAUCUCAAGCACGCGUCCAAGUACUAUGUCCGAUCGAUUGAUGAUGGUUCCGAGUCGGCGGUCAUUGCGAGGGCCGUGCAGGGCAAGGUCGCCUCUCCCGGCCCUCAACGUCUUUCCGAGGCCGAGCAGGACGCCAAGAAUAUGGCUGAUGCUGAGGCCGAUGCUGAGGCCGACUUCAACCAAUAG